AUGGCGUCGUUCGCGGGAGACCGUUGGAGAGAUGCGCUGAAAAAUCACGAUAUCUUUCAGAAGUUACAAGAAAGGCUUCAUUUGGAGCCUCAAGGGACUAGCAAAAGAAUAGCCAAGAGCCUUACGUUCUGCCUGAAUGGCGAUCUGUUCACAUGGGAUAGUGUUGAGAGUGUGUUUUAUACCACAAACCUGCGACAACUAAACUUCGAGGGCGACACAGACACUUCCAAAUAUCAGACACUGCUGUGCAUCAACCCGCCGAUGUUUGAGGUAUGUCAGGUGCUGAUCAGCCCCACACAGUAUCAUGUGGCUCUCAUCGGUCAGCGUGGAGCGACUAUACUUGAGCUGCCACAGCGCUGGGGCAAGAAAUCUGAAUUUGAGGGUGGACGCAUUCAUAUCAACUGCAAGACGAUUCCUGUGGCUGAGCGCUUCUUCACCAGUUCUGCCUCUGUGACACUCCGACAGGCUGCCUGGUAUCCCAGUGAAGCUGAAGAGCCCCAUCUAGUCUUACUGACCUCAGAUAGCACCAUCAGAUUUUAUAAUCUGAAGGAGCCCCAGUUGCCUGCAAAAGUUUUGUCAGUGUCUCAGGUAGAUGAGGAUAGCAGUGUCCACACAAGAGGGCGUUCCUAUGCAGCCUCUCUGGGGGAGACCGCUGUGGCGUUUGAUUUUGGGCCGCUGGCAGAUUCUCCGGGGAAGCUGAGCAGCCUGCGGAUGAAAGAAGAGCUGCUUGUGUACCCAUUAUACAUCCUGUACGGAAAUGGAGAGACGUACCUGAGCUAUAUCUCUCUCGCACACAGUAUCAGUAAUAUUGGGAAGCCGAUGGGCCCUUUGCCCAUGUACCCUGCGGCAGAGGAUAACUACGGCUAUGAUGCAUGUGCUGUGCUCUGCCUGUCGUGUGUGCCCAACAUCCUGGUUAUUGCCACUGAAACAGGAACACUGUACCACUGUGUAGUGCUGGAGGCAGAGGAAGAGGAAGACGGCGGAGCUGUAGAGAGGUGGUCCAGAGGCACAGAUACUGUGCCUUCACUCUACGUGUUUGAGUGUGUGGAGCUGGAACUCACCCUAAAACUGGCUGCUGCCGGGGAGGACGAGGAGAUAGCAGAGUCAGACUUCACGUGUCCAAUCAAAUUACACAGAGACCCUCUGUGUCAGCACAGGUAUCACUGCACCCAUGAGGCUGGUGUGCACAGUGUAGGACUCACCUGGUUCAAAAAACUGCACAAGUUUCUGGAGUCUGAUGAAGAGGAUAAAGAUGGUCUGCAGGAACUUGCGGCAGAACAGCGCUGCAUAGUUGAACACAUCCUGUGCACCAGACCUCUUACUAACAGUUUGCCGGCACCUAUUCGUGGGUUUUGGAUUGUGUCAGACCUUUCACUGGGUGCCACCAUGAUCUGCAUCACGAGUACUUACGAGUGUCUGCUGCUGCCUCUGCUAAGUUCAAUUCGUCCCCCGUCGCCUCCUUUGCUCUGCUCCGCUCCGGGGGUGGGGCCAGGCAGCUCUCCUCUGCGCGGAUUGGCUGAAGACUCCUUUGAGCAGCAUAUUCGCAACAUUCUGGCACGUAGCUCGACCAACCCACUAAUGCUGAGGGCUGGGGAUAAAGACUCUUCUCCUCCUCCUCCAGAGUGUCUGCAGCUGCUCAGCAGAGCUACACAGGUGUUUAGAGAGGAGUACAUCCUCAAACUGGGCCUGGCACAUGAAGAAAUGCAGAGAAGAGUAAAGCUCCUGACUGGACAGAAAACCAAACAGCUUGAGGAUCUUGCUCUUUGCAGAGAAGACAGGAAAAGCCUGAGGGAGGCAGCUGAGCGACUGGCUGAUAAGUAUGAAGAUGCCAAGUAUCGUCAGGAAGCCAUCAUGAACAGAGUAAAACAGGUUUUGGGAAGUCUGCGCAGUCAACUUCCUGUGCUGUCGGACAGUGAGAAGGACAUGACGAAGGAACUGCAAACCAUUCACGACCAGCUCCGUCACCUAGAUAACGGCAUUAAACAGGUGAACAUGAAGAAAGAUUAUCAGAAGCAGCAGAUGAGUACAGGAGCAUCUCAAGCUCGCUCCAGCCUCGCCCUCAACGCCCACCAGAGGAAGUGUCUCCAGGGAGUCCUGAAAGAACAGGGGGAACAUAUCGCUGGCAUGAUGAAACAGAUCAAGGAAUUUAAAAACCAUUUCAGUUUCUGAGCAGUCAAUCGACAGCUCUCAAAGGCCAAACCAAUUAUAUUCUCAUAAAUUGCACUCAAGGAAGCUACAGAAGAGCACAUCUCCAAACCCAUAACUCAACAGUCCUUGAACCUUGGAGUUGAGUGCUUAAAAUACAGUCUUUUGAGGGACAGUGUUUGACCCAAACCUCUCCAAUUCUUAAGGUCUUUAAAAAGGAAUUGGCUGGCAUUUUUGUUUAAAGUAUUUUGUCUGUUUUUUUGUAAUUUGUAGUACAUGAAAUCAUUACCAUGACAAUAAAG